AUGCUUAACUAUGUUUUAAAUCAUAGUAAGGAUGAUCCCGUCAUCAUGCAUAAGCUGGUCUCCCCUCUCCUAAUAGAGUUUGAUAUAAGGAUCAAGAACGGAGAGCGAGAGGAAGACGAUGAACAGCUGGUAGAUGGAGCGAUAACUUGCAACGACUGCAGGGCAUGGAAACCAGUCAAGCAGCGCAUCAAAGGUGAUUGCGGUGCCGUCGACAUAUCCAUGACGUGUGUCGAGAAUGCGUUGGAGGCAACGACAGAGGUAGCCAUAUCAGAAGUGCGCAGCGGUUUCAGUCUAUCUCUGCGGUCCUUCAUUUAUGUCUUGGAUGAUGAGUACGAGGAGAUCCAGCUCUUCCAUGGUGCCAUUGAUCGGCCGUGUAGGUUGGGGAGGUUCGUGGUCGCAAUCACCUGGGGCGACGUGAUGGUGCUGAAGUUCAGGUUGGGUGGGGAAGAUGGCGUCGAACGGCGCCGCUCUUUUAAAUCUCAGCUUCUUGCGUGUUCUAGUCGGCGGAUAAAGCAUGAGCUGGCCAACAUCUUUGGUGAAGGUGACUUUGUCCACUAUUUGAAUGUCCACAGACUAAUCUGUUGGAAAUAUGAGUAA